AACCCAGAUUUGUCAUCACGAGUCCGGUUCGUACUUGAUCGGCGAAGCCAGCAUAGCAUUUGCCUUCCCAUACCGCGGCGUUGAGAAGCCCUAGCAGUCGUCCGAGAAGCCGGUAGCCCCUCGUGAUCGGCCUUAACCCUGGAGUCGGUUCCCAGCCUCCACGCCGGCGAGCAGCCAGGCCGAGUGCCAUGGCGCCGGCCGCACUGCCUGCUUCCUUUCCCCCGACCCCAAUCCGAAUCUCACCCACCCUAUCCUCUCCCCAUUCUGCCGUAAACAACCUUCUCCCCUUUCCGACCGCCUCUCUUUUUCUCCACGGCUACAUCGCUGGGCUGGAACACGCGCCCCUCCUCCCACUCCGGCGAAGUCCCUCCUGCUUCACUCGCUGCACCACAAGUACCUCUCCGUCGAUCUCCAAGGCCACCUCCGUACUUUUCUCGCAAGAACUCGGUCUUGAUGAACGGGAGGUCGAAUGUCUCCUCCAGAAGCAUCCAGAGCUGGAAUUGGCCUCUCCAGAAUCCCUCCACCGCCGCUUACUUUCCCUCCAAUCCGUUGGAAUCACCGGGCUCGGCCUCCACCGGACCGUGGCCCGACGCCCCAAGACCCUAACCUCACCGGAGGUUGGACGCUUCAUCGAUUUCGUCCACAAGGAGCUCGAGGGACUCGAACCCGCGAAGCUCGAGCGCCUGCUGGUCUCCUCCCAUCCCCAAUUCUUUCCGGCAUUCAGCGCGAAGGUCAGGCUGCUUGUGGAUCACGGAAUGCCCGGUAACAAGCUGGGGCAAGUCCUCAACGAUGUGAACAUCUCGAAGGUCUUCGGCGCGAGACCCAUCGAAGGGCUGGAGCGGAUGAUUGUUUUCCUGAAAGGCUACGGCUGGCCGGAGUUAAUCGUCCGCCGCCCUUCGCUUCUGAAUCUGGAUCUCGAAAACCAGCUGAUCCCGAGGGUCGACUACCUCGCUGAGGUCGGCGCGGGAGACAGGGAGGCCACUGGGCUCAUAAUCAACAAAUGGCCUGCUAUCUUAUCCUGCACCGUAGAGCACUUCCGAUCCCACAUAGAGUUCUGGAGAUCCAUUGGCCUCGCCGACAAAGAGGUCUUCAAGAUUGCAAUGGUGUAUCCCCAGAUCUUCAGCGUAAGUAAGGAGAGGAAGUUGAAGCCCAGAAUAGAGUUCCUCCACCAAUGCAAGAUGAAUGCAGAGGACAUCUCCAAGUUCUUGAUCAAGGCCCCUCUCUUCGUUAGUCUUUCCUUUGAAUACAACCUCUCGAAGAAGCUGGCCUUCCUUGUGAAGAUCGGCUACAGACACCGCACCAGAGAGCUGGCCUUGGCAGUGGGCGCGGUAACGAGGACGAGCUGCGAGAACUUGCAGAUGGUGAUCGAUCUCUUCUUCAGCUAUGGCUUCUCCCGUGAGAAUGUGUUGACAAUGAGCAUGAAACAUCCUCAGGUGCUGCAGUAUAACCACGAGUCAAUGGAGAAGAAAAUUGAAUUCCUCGUCGAGGGGAUGGGAAGAGAGAUCGGAGAGCUCUUGAUUUUCCCUGCUUUUCUUGGCUACAAGCUGGAUGAUCGAAUCAGGCAUCGAUAUGAAAUGAACAAAGAGAUUAGGGGGAAAGGGAUCUCAAUCAACAAGCUCUUGAGUUCUCGAUCAAGAAGCUCUUGAAUGUGUCCGCCAAGACAUUUUACUCGCACACAAACUCUUCACCGUCUUGGUACCGAAUAUCAAUACAGUACCGUAUGCAAUUUUUUGAGUAUACCGAAUGUCAUUAGCCAUCGGUAUCGGUUCCGAAUCGGUAUGGUAUGUCUGGUACUGUUCAGUUCGGUAUGGUCGGUAUACCAUGGCUGAAGCAUGAUAAAAAUCUGCGCCGCAUCUUUUUCAUUUUGUAGUUGGAUUAUUCAUGAAAUCAUAAACAUGAUGAGCCGGAAAUAGAUUCUUCAUAUCAAGCAAAUAGUUUGAAAGAAUAUUCUGAGUUUCUGCUAUACUACUUCUGUUUCAAUGAGUAAAACAAAUGAAUAUAAAA